AUGGUUGAAAUACAUACAAAUCGGUCAAUCGAUAUAUCAAAUACUGUCAAUACAGCUGUAACAAAUUGGUCGCCUGAUGGAAAAAAUCAGUUUAAUCAACUUUAUAAACAACUACUUGAUGAAGAUAAAGAUAAAUUUGAAGCCGAAUUGGCCAUGAAGCAAUUACUUCUUUCGUUAUGUAAAUCAUGUUUACAAGGAACUCAAUCAAUAGAAACUGUUAUUCGAAUCUUUGGUGAACUCCAAGAAAUUGCAAAGGUGCCAUCAAUUAUCGGAGAUCUUCUAGCCGACAUAUUGGCUACACUCGAUAUCGAAUUAUUUCCAAUCGAUGAUGUAAUUACAAAAGAUACAUAUAAACAAAAAUUCUUUCAACUUAUCAAUAAUUCGGAACAUAUUGUUUCAACAUCGUUACUAAUGGAACGUCUGGAAAUUGAAACAUUAGAAUAUCUUGAUUUAAUUGUUAGCCGUGAACAAUUCAGUCAGAAAUAUGUUCGAAUUAAAACUCGCCUUUAUUAUAAACAACAAAAAUUUAAUUUACUACGCGAAGAAAGUGAAGGCUUUGCUAAAACAUUGACAGAAUUAAAUCAAAAUUUUUCAAUAACUAAAUUAACAUCUGAACAAUUAUAUGAUCGUUUAAUGGCUUUGAUUGGUUAUUUUGAUUUGGAUCCUAAUCGAAUGUUGGAUUUAGUGAUCGAAUCAUUUGAGUAUCAUCUUGAAUAUUCAAAGAUUUAUGUUGAUCUAUUAAAUUUACUUCAUUUUGAUAAAGUAACAUUGUGCCAAUUGAUUGGCUUUAAAUUUCAACAAUAUCAAUUACAAGAUGAAACAGCCGAUUCACUUUAUUUACUAGCUGCUCAAUUAAUUUCCAAUAAUUUAAUGGAACUUGAAGAUUUAUUACCACAUUUGUAUCCAUUAAUAACAGAUUUUGGAGAAAGCUAUACCAAAGAAGUUGAAAAUGCACGCACAUCAAAGAAAAGUUUAACUACAUCAACUGAUUCAAGUGCUAAAUCGAAAGAUUCAAAUAUAAUAAAAACAAAUAAUCAAUUAUUACGUUUCAUUCAAGCAUUAUUACAUAUCGGCGAUUUAGAACAUACAUUAUCUUUAUUUAAUAAUCUUCCUCGAUGGUCAUGUACAUCGUAUCGUGAGAUCAAUGCACUUGUAACAAAAAUAAUUGGCUAUAUGAUUGACCCACUUUAUAAAAAUUAUUCGGAUCUUCAUACUAGUUUUCUUCAAUACGAAUUGAAUAAUCCAUUGAAUUCAAAUGUUUGUCCGCGUGAAUUAAAAUUAAUAAAAACUUGGAAUGAAUUUCGAGAACAUAUAUUACCUUUGCUAUUAAAUCUUGGUGCCUACUGUCAAGAUCGUCUUUUGUUUAUGCAAUUAACACGUUUAUGUACAAAUUUAAUCAAAAAAUCAAUUGUUAAAGAUGAACAACAAGAAGAUAUACUAUUGUUAAUCGACGAAGUUCUUUUGCCAAGUCUUUCAUUACUUGAUGUUAAUAGCUGUUUAGCUAUUGAAUUAUGGUCUUUAAUGAAACUAUUUCCGUUUGAUGUACGCUAUGGACUUUAUGGACAAUGGCAAGAAGAUACUUAUCGAAAAACACCACAACUUAUUUUCAUUAGACAAGAUGUAGCAGACAAAAGUCGAGCUAUACUUCGACGUAUUACAAAAGACAAUGUUAAAACAUACAGUCGUCAAAUAGCCAAAAUAACACACAAUAAUCCAUUAGUGAUACUCUCAGUUAUAAUCGAUCAAAUUCAACGAUUUGAUAAUUUCAUCUCUGUUAUAAAUGAUGCAUUGAAAUAUCUCUCACCGCUUGCAUACGAUAUUGUUUGUUAUACGAUUUUACAUGCUUUAACAGCUCCCGUAUCAUCAACAUCGUCACCAUUGUAUAUCGAUGGAAAAAUGAGCCGUGAAAAUGCCACACCUGCUCAAUGGUUUCAAAAUUUAUGCGUUCUAUCAGCUAAUGUAUUUAAAAAAUAUCCAAUUGAUUUUACGUCAGUUCUUUAUUAUAUUUAUGAUCAACUACGUGUUGAGAAAACCUGUGAUUUAUAUUUAUUACGUGAAAUCAUAACUAAAAUGAGCGGUGUUGAAGUCACAUCAACAGUUACACGCGAGCAAUUAGAAGCUGCAUCGGGCGGUGAAUUAUUACGCAGUGAAGCUGCACAGUUUACAGCAGCAAGAAAUGUUAAAAAACCGUCGAUACGUUUAAAGGAGGCCUUAUUAGAUAAUCACAUCUAUUUACCAUUGUCAAUAAUUAUCGCCCAACAACGUAGUUGCAUUAUCUUUAAAUUUGGAGCACAAAGAAUUGAACACUUAAAAUUAAUCGGCAGUCUCUAUGAUCAAUGUCAAGAUACGAUGGUACAAUUUUUUACAUUUUUAUCAAAUGUAUUAACAACAGAAAAUUUUCAUCAUCAAUUUCCAUCGAUUGAUAAUCUUGUACUUGGCUUUCAUCUGCAAGUUGAUGCUGCUUUUCAAAUCUCAAGACCCUUGUUUAAUCUUAAUAUUCAAGCUAAAUUUGAUGAACUACGAUCAACAGCACCCAAAACAUCAAAUAAGACUAUAUUGAUACAAAACUAUAUUGAUGCAGUAACAAAUGUUAUGUCACCGGUACUUGAUUUUGUAAAAACUCUUCAUCCUCAACGAACAUGGGAAGAAAUGACACCUCAAUUCUAUUUAACAUUUUGGUCUUUAUCAAUGUCGGAUUUACAAGUACCUGAAAUUGCAUAUAAACGACGUGUUGAAGAACUUGAAGUUGAAAUGGCACAAAUUGACGAUCGAAAAGAAUUGACAGCAGCAAAGAAACGUAAAGAAAAAGAAAAAAUUCAUAUUAUUAUUGAUAAACUUAGAGAAGAAUUAUUUAAACAAAAAGAGCACGUUGAACGCGUACGCGCACGACUUGACAUUGAACGUGAACAUUGGUUUAAAAAUCGAAAUAAAACCAAAGCAGAAACGAUUACUGAAUUUCUUCAAUUAUGUAUUUUCCCUCGAUGUUUAUUAAGUGAAAUAGAUGCACUUUAUUGUGCACAUUUCAUACGUGUCAUACACGACUUAGUAACACCGAAUUUCAGUACAAUUAUAUGUUAUGAUCGAUUAUUUUCGGAUAUAUCAUAUUCACUUGCUUCAUGUUCAGAAAAUGAAGCUAUUCGAUAUGGACGAUUUCUUGAAUCACUAUUAGAGACAGUCAUGAGUUGGCAUGGAGAUAAAAACAAAUUCGACAAGGAAUGCGCAUCACAUCCCGGCUUUCUUACUGUUUUUCGUAAUGCUGGUAAUGCAGCAUCGAAAACAACCGGUACAACACAAACACCUGAACAACUCGACUAUGAUAACUUUCGUCAUGUGUGUCAUAAGUGGCAUUAUAAACUAGCGAAAAGUUUCAUUGUUUGUCUUGAUUCAAAUGAUUAUAUACAAAUACGUAAUGUAUUACAAGUCUUGACUGUUCUUUUGCCUAUAUAUCCAAAAAUGACAACAUUUUAUGCUGCACUUGAACGCCGCAUUAAAGCUAUAUGUGUAGCGGAGAAAGAUCGUCGUCAUGAUUUGUUUGCAUUAGCUAAAUGUUAUAGCGGCCGUUUAGCACAGAAACAUCGUGAUAUGAUUGAAGAAAAUCAAUUUCAUACUGUUCCAGAACGUUCAACACCAUCAUCGACGAGUAAUAAUAAUAAUAAUAAUCCUGGUACGAAAACGAAUCCUCUUGUUACACCGACCAUAGGUGAAACAAAUAAUGUUAAUCAUCAUCCUAUUUUAUCAGAUUCACAACCCUCAACCACUCGCUCAGCACAAAAAGAUUCAGCAAAUGGUAGUACAACAGCACGGCCAACGAGCGAUAAAACUGUGAACGGUUCAACGACAAACAAUGGAUCGACAACAGCAACCAAAUCAGUUUCACCUGCACCUUCAUCUCAAACAACAACAGCGACUACGACAACAUCACGAUCAGCAACAAUAAAUAAUACUGAACGAUCAACAAGCAAACUCAAAACAGAGCCUUCGAUUUCCAGCAGCAACAAUAGUAGUACGACUGCGACGACGACGACGACGACGACGAUAAAAUCGAAUCGAAUCCCACAUGGUCCAUCACUUCCUUCAUCGACGCUAUCGUCUAAACCUUCGGUGACAUCGACGACGCCGAGUAAAAUUGAAUCGAAUGAAUCAUCGACAUCAGCGGGCGGACGAACUAUUAAAUUGACGAGUACUACAAAUGAUCGCCAUGAGCCACCACAAGCAUCAGCAGUCUCAACAACACGUGAAAGUUCGCCGCCAAGUAGAAAAGAACCAUCGACUAGCAUCGAUAGACGACCUACUUCAUCAACGACUGAACAGCUACUAUCGUCGACUAAAAUAUCCGUGCCACCUGUCUCACGUACUACUUCGUCACGUACUUUUACAUCAUCGACUCGUAAUACUACUUCAGCCACCAUCAGCAAUGAUGAUUUGGUUCGAAAACCAGAUCCAGUGGUGUCGAAUGGAAUGACUAGUUCUACGUCAUCGAAAACUUUACGAACUGAUUCGCCUCAUGAACAUGCACCAGCAGAAAAGCGAACUCGUGGUAGUUCCUCAAAGGUCGAUCGUACGACUGCAUCGCACGUAGAGGAGCCACGUAAUGGAAAUUCACGUCCACAUCGGGAACAUAAACAUGAAUCAAGCAAACGUCCACGCUCGGCAACACCUGACAAACGAUCUUCAAAUGGUAGUACUGCUAGUGUUUCAUCUCGACGAUUAAAUCAAACGGCUGAAUCUUUAUCAACAACACCUGUACAUCAAGACAAUGAACAUAGCAGUGGAUCAGGAAUUAUAGAUGUAUCUCCGCCGAGUUUAUCAUCGAAAAGAAUUAAAACAAGUGAGGCAGCUUCAAAUGGGCGAGCAGCACGAAAAGAAGCACGUGAAGAACGGCAUGGUAGCUCGUCAUCUUCACAUAGAGUAUCAUCGUCAUCAUCUCGAAGUGAACGUCGCGAUAAAUAUCAUUCAAGCAAAGAAACCAAGUGA